UAUAGUCCUGAAAGCGGAGUUAAAGCCUCGAGCGCCACUCGGACUUUUAAAUCGUGUUACAUAACGUGCUUUCCAACUCCUCUCGGAGUGACUACAGACACCACCCGGAGACUACAGUCUGACCGACAUCUCUGUAAACUUUCAUCCCACUUUAGUGGUUCGUUAUUCCGCAUUUUAACCUCUCGCAGGUGCGCGCGCUAUGAGCAGUGACGUGUGUUGUUUAGCCGAAGCGCCGCGCGUGGCGAUUUUCGGCGGCACGCACGGGAACGAGAUGUCCGGCAUCAUGCUCGUGUCCAUGUGGACCAAAAACGACAGUGAGAUCCGCAGGAGCAGAGUUCACACCGAGCCCUUCAUUUGCAACCCCAGAGCUGUGGAGAAGUGCGCCAGGUACAUCGACACGGAUUUGAAUCGAGCCUUCACAGCGGAAAACCUGAGCAUGCCAGCUGGAGACAAGCUGCCAUAUGAAGUUCAGCGAGCUAAGGAAAUCAACCAGAUCUUUGGACCUAAAGGAAGCCCAGAUGCCUACGAUGUUAUCUUUGACCUUCAUAACACCACAUCCAACAUGGGCUCUACGCUUAUCUUGGAGAGCUCGACAGACCACUUCAACCUUCAGAUGGUGCAUUACAUCAAAAAAGCCAUGGCUCCGGAGAGCUGCAUGGUGCUGCUGAAUGAACACCCUCAGCUCAAAUAUGCAACCACCCGCUCAGUGGCCAAGCACUCUGUCGGUCUUGAAGUGGGUCCCCAGCCUCAGGGAGUUUUGCGAAGCAAUAUCUUUGAGUCCAUGCGGAUGAUAGUGAAGCACGCGCUGGAUUUCAUCGAGAUGUUUAAUAGUGGCAUGGAGUUUCCAGCAUGUCGCGUGGAAGUGUUCAGGGUGCACGAGAGAGUGGAUUAUCCAAGAGACGCAAACGGCAACAUCAGCGCUAUGGUACAUCCUCACCUACAGGAUUGUGAUUGGGAGCCCCUGAACCCCAGCGACCCAAUGUUCCAAACAUUUGACGGGAGGACAAUCGUGUACGAGGGAGCCGGUCCGGUCUACCCAACGUUUAUUAAUGAAGCCGCCUAUUACGAGAAGCACCAGGCCUUCGUUACCACCUGCAGAGAAACACUAUCUGUUAAUUCCAUUCGAAAAAACACCAAAUAACAAAUAUCACAAUAACCAGCACCAUUAGAGAGGGAAAAAAAAAUCAGAUCUCUAACUUACAUGCAUUCUACCAUGCCUGAAAACUACAACUACUCUCAUUUAAAAUUUUUUUUUUUUUUUUUUUUUUUUUUUUUUUUACAGUUUUUGUAGAAAUCUUUCACUUACAACGAAUCAAAUCAUUUAAACAAGUCAGGUUAAUUAUCUAUUUACAAUUUCAAAGAACAAACAUUGGAUAUUUUUAUAUUAGUUUUAAGGUUUGUCAUACCUAAACGUUUUAUGGUGCAGUUUAUAUUUAUAAAAUACUAAAUCGUUUCUAUUUAUACUUAUAUUUCUACAUAGUUGUUAUACUUUAACAAACGGAACACAUGGAAUAUAUGAAGCUAUAAAAUUUGGAUUAGCUCGGAAAUAAAAAAAAAAUGGACUUUGAUAGUUCCUAGAUUCUAGUACGUUCUUCAACAUGCCUUUGUUGACUUCCUUUAAAGACUCAGAAGUGAGUGUUGCCUACGUAAGGAAUAAAACACAAUGAGGCACAACAGUUCUCAACUGCUCAUAAAUCAAAAAAAUGUAGUGAUACUGAGGAAUGUUCUUCGACAUCAAGAUUUUCUUCAGCAUGAAACCUGCUAGAACGAAGUAAAGUAUUUAUGUUUAUUAACAGCUUUAUCUAACAUUUUAGCCAUUUUGUGAAGGAAACCAAAGUCUACAGUCAGAGCACAGGGUCAUUUGGCCACAAGUCACAUGAUUGUUCGCUAGUUUUGUAGUGGAGAAAGUUCUCUGGUUAGGGUGAUUUCAUUACUUUUUUUUUUUUGUGUUAAAACGUGUUAAUACAUCUUAAUCGCAAUAUCAGUUUUUCUUUGUUUGCAAGGUUUAUUUUUGCAUUAAAUGCAUUCGGCUAUUGAAUUAGUUGAAAUCGACAGGAUUAAAAUACACAUACACCUUUUAUAUAUAUAUAUAUAUAUAUAUAUAUAUAUAUAUAUAUAUAUAUAUAUAUAUAUAUAUAUAUAUAAGUAAUGUUUAAUUUUUAUUUUUCCCUUGAUCUUCAGGAAAAUUGGAUGACCAGCUUCCUGUUGAACAUGUGACUUUGGAAUUUUCCAAGGUUUGAGAAUGGUGGGACAAAAAAAAGGCAAAAUUGUAAUUUUUCUAAUAUAGAAAUAUGUUUCAAUCAUGACAUGUUAAAAAAAAAACAAAAAAAAACAACUUUUUUUUAACAUGCACAAUAGGUUUUACUUUACAGACGUGUUUAAUUUUAAUUUCUUUUUUCUUUUUUCUGUGUAAUAUCAGAACACAAACGGCACCCAAUCAUGGAGUCACGCUUUAGCUUUGCGCAUCAGUGCAAGAAAAAAUAAACAGAAACUAGUAAAGGAAGUCACUGUCUAGACAGUGUAUCAUUACUUUAACAUGUCUAUAAUAGUUUCACUUCUACUUCUACUUAUUAUUGUUAUUAUUAUCAUUUCGCUCAGUUACUUUGUCCAAAAUGCUAACUUCUGACUGAAAGGGUUAGUGUUAGGAUUUACCUGUGGGAUUUAUCCCUUGCUUUUCUCUCUACCCUAACCCUAGGGUUAGGGUUAGGGUCUAACCCUAACCCUAAAGAGAUUGGCACUUUAAUUAAUUUAAACUGUCUAGCUCUUUUAGCUCCUCAUCCUCAUAGAUCGACAUCCAAAACGUCAACUUUCUUGCUAAUUCACUCCUAUAACAUAACAAUAUUUUUAAGGGAACAGUGAUUUUAAUGGAUUAAAUGAAAAUAUACCUCCAACCAACAAAUUUGCCUCCCUGAAUAUUUUAGCAUAAAUGUGUUUCUUUGCACAAUAAGUUUAAAGUUUAAUGCAAAAUAAUUGGAAUUUAAAUUAAAAAUAAUAAUAGUAGACGUACAGGCUGAAAAUUUGGAUUCAAACCAAUUACCAGACAUGAAGAAGGCGAAUCAACGAAUAUUAAUAUCUGAGUUAUUGGUGGUGUUUUGCUAAUCAUUUCUAGAAAUUUUUACACAGUUGUACACGUUUAAUACCGAAAUAUGAAUUUUGUCCUAUAUUUGAAAAUUGCACACUAUUUCCACUGUGAUAAUGUAACACUUUUAGUAAUAAAUGAAUUUUUUAUUAUUAUUAUUAUUAUUAUUAUUAUUAUUAUUAUUUAACAGAAAAAUGCUCACUGACCUAUGCAAAGAAUCCUAUGUUCUCAGUAAUGUAGCACGUUAAUAUAGUGCUCAUGGACAAUCUGUUUAACGUUAAAGAUGUUAAAUAUGUGUGGAAUAUGUGAAGUUUUAAUUUUCAAUUAGAUUGUAUAUUUUAGUAAGCUAAAUUACGCACAUUUUUAAAAAUAUAUAUAUUUUAUUAGAUUACUUAUAAGUAAAUUGUUCUUCAGGUACUGUAUGUAGGAGCUGCUGUCUGUUCCCUUUGUUAUGGAUUGCACAUAUUUAACAAUAAUAAAAAGUGAGAUUUAUAACCGA